UUGUGCAUACUGUAUGCUAGUUCAUUUGCAUACUGUACAAUUCUCCCCCGUCCUAGCUGUCUCGGUUUCCCAACCCCGCAAGUCCGAGGUAAACCAUUUCACUCGUCUACCGAUCUAUUCAAAGUAGGGAUCAAAAUUAUUAGAGACUCUUCCAAUUGUCAGACUAGAUUCGUCUUACUCAGUUAGAGCGCUUAUUGCUUUUGCGCGCCCUUAUUAUAUAAGACCUCGAAAUCCCGUCGUAAGCCGAACAGCAGUCGGCGCGCGCCGGGUCUUUCUACGUCGUGUUUGAUGCGUGAGCGGGAAAUCAGGGCUCAAGUUGGCGCUGGAGCUGGAGCUGGAACUGGAACUGGAGCCGAAGCCGAAACAGACCAGAUCGAUAGCACCACCACUGGAUCAGACCAUGUCUCAAUAUGAGAAUGCCGCCGCACCCGCUGCUAACAUGUCAUCUGCCAUUCAACAAUCACGCCAAUCUCUCCCCGCAAACACGGCGCAUUCUCACCCGCACGCGCAACCCCAGUCCCAGCCUCAGCCGCAGUCUCAAACUCCCCAGCACAAACGCGUAUACCAAGCGUGUAUCCCUUGUCGGAGGAGAAAGGUGAGAUGUGAUUUGGGCAGCGUAGAUGAUCCCCACGACCCCCCGUGCGUGCGUUGCCGCCGUGAAAGCAAAGAAUGUUUCUUCAGCGCUACGCGACGUAAGCGUAAGAACGAGGACGAUAUCGACGAGCCGGAAGAUGAUUAUAUUGUUCGUAACGCUCGAAAGCGAGCCCAUGCCGAAGACACGCCUCCGUUUGUCGACAAGAAAUCCUAUAGUAGCGUACCGCUGACUCCCGGUGGUUCGACCGGCCGAACACAACCCUUAAAGCGACCCAGUGCAGAGCAUGAAGACGGGAGGAAGAGCGACAGAGGAGGAAGCUAUACGGACGUCGGUGAAGAUUCAAAUGCUCAGUUGGAAAAUCUCGAAGCGCAGAGCGUCAUGAGAAAGGAAGUCUACGGGCCUCAUGAUGCCCUCGACCUACUGUACAAGGCUGCUACCGACAGGUCCGUCUUUAUAUCACCUUCGUCUAGCAUGCUCCCAAACGAGCGAAUCGCUGAUUAUGCCACAAGCCCGCACGAUCUAAACAGGCGCCACGAAAGCAUUGCUUCCGUUGUCCAGCCCUCGCCCGUAUCCGUUCCUGGUCGUAAAACGCCGCGAGACCACAGUUCUGGUUAUAAUGGUCGCCCGGCUGGUCGCGCAACGUCGAAAUCCGCAGACCUCAUAGAUCCACUCUUGCAGUCAUCGACUAAGAACGAUGAGGUAGCUGAUAUGGAACGUCGGUUAAGUGUUGAAAAUGAAGCCGGGUAUCAAGAAGCCCUCGAAGCUUGGUCGAGGUUUAGAUUUGUUAGAGCUGGAUGGUUCACGAAAGAGGAGGCCAUAAAGUAUAUUGUGUACUAUUAUGAGUACCUAUCUCCCAUGACGCCCAUCUCGCCACCAACCUUCCGAAGUCCGGCUUCUCAUAUCACCUUACUGACCGAAGAACCUAUACUCACCGUCACGCUGCUGACGAUCGCAUCGAGAUACUACCGUAUCCGCUCCACGGGUGGACAUUGUAGAUCGCACGCAAUUCAUGAGGAGCUAUGGAGAUAUCUUCGAAGGAUGAUUGAAAGAUGUCUUUGGGGACAAGAGGCUUUUGGCGGUGGCUUCUGCGGGUCCGGCGCUGAUGAGUCCCAGACCUCUAGCACUGCGCCAUGGCGAGGUUUGAGGAAAGGAAGUCUUCGUACAUUAGGGACAAUCGAGUCGUUAAUGAUAUUGACUGAGUGGCAUCCCCGCGCGCUUCACUUCCCUCCAGACGAGGCAAUUGACGAGUUGAUGCUCCCCUCUCGCGGCGGACCCCAGCUCGAUGAUGACGAAGGGGAUCAACGUCCCGGCGGCAACGUCGGAGGUCGUAGAAUUGAAAGCUGGCUUGAGCCUGCAUGGAGGAGCGACCGCAUGUGUUGGAUGCUGCUCAGCAAUGCGUUAGGACUCGCUUAUGAAUUAGGAGUUUUCGACGACAUCGAUGAGCUACUUGAGACCAAUGCCAUCACGCGACCCGAGUACGAGGACGAAGCGUAUCGUCUCCGCGCGACGCGGAUCAAGCGGUUGCUGCUGGUCUACUUGACGCAGCUAGCUGGCCGCCUCGGCUGGACGAACAUGGUUCCUGACAGCAUCCGGAAAACUGACCCUGCCCUGUCCGGAAGACGUCUAAUAUCAAACGAGGGAAACACGCCGGGAACAAAUCAAUCAGUUAUAUCUAAUAGCUUUAGUUAUGUACCCAACGUUGAACUAGAUGACCAGAUCAUACACUGCUGGGUAGGCGUGAGCGAUGCCAUGCAGUUGGGUAACGAAAGGCUAUUCCGAUCACGGAAACACACCACGGAAAUCAUACAGAGUGGAAACUACACAAAAGCGCUCAAAGAGUUUCAGCCAAUCCUUAGGAACUGGUGGAGAGAGUUUCAGCGUUUCGAUAUGCCCGAGAAUAUUCGUCAUAUACUGACGAUUGAGUACGAAUAUGUACGGAUAUAUGUCAACUCCUUGGCCUUACAAGCAGUUGUUGAACGUUGCACAACCAAUGCCGGAGUGUCCAGCAACACUGUGCACGGGAACAAUGCUGCUGCAGGGAAUCCACAGCUGUCACCCCAAACGCAAAACUAUCUGGGUAACCUCCCUCUUGGUCACCUGGGUGGCUUCGGUCAUGAAGAUCAAGAAUACGUCAAGGAAGUAGUGGACGGGUGCAGAAAUCUUCUACGGACUGUAGUCGAAGGCUUGCUAAAAGAAGGUUACCUUAAGCACGCCCCUGUGAGAACUUACUUCCGCAUCAUCAGUGGAGCCAUGUUCUUGCUCAAGACCUUCGCCCUAGGUGCUCCUAAGUCCGAUGUGGAAGUGAGCAUUAGUCUCUUGGAUCGUACGGUUGAUGCGUUACGGAACUGUGUCGUCGAUGAUAUUCAUCUGGGCACUAGGUUCGGUGAUCUUCUCGAGUCUCUAACAACACGACUCCGAGACCGCUUCAAGUAUGCACCGGCGACAGGUUCUGGCGAAGGCAAGAGCCCUCGUCAAAAUGGCGAGGUGAGCAGAGCCAUGGCUACGAACGGAAAUUUGCAGGCUAACGGCAUCGAGAAUGGGUACAUGAACCACACUAAAUACAGAGAGGGGCUCAAUGUUCCUGAACGAUCAUCUACCCCUUCAGGCAACGUGUCAGCCACGCCUUUCGAUUUGACCACCGGCAACUUUCCCUACCCAGCCGGGUCAGCUUCGGUAUUUGGACCUACCACGCCAGCACAUAGCAGUAAUGCUCUAGAACAAUCUAACAUGGGCGAUAACAUCUUUGAAUCAGGUACCGACUGGGCCGCCGACGACCAAAUGUGGUACCUCCCGCCAGGUCCAGGCCUAUUCCAGAACAUGGGAGAGAAUACCAACGUGACAAUGACAGAUCAGGGAGUUAACGUAGGAGGUGUCGAUUUACUUGAGUUUAUGGCUAUGGAUCCACCUUCAUUCAAUGGCCCUAUGGAUGGUCAAGGAUACUAGAUGUAUCCUGUCUAGCUGGAUGGCGUUGGAGGUCACCGUUUGUUCAAGGACGAGGGAUAGGGGGCAAUUCGCCCCCUUUAAUAACGCCGCGGCCGAAGACGAUACGCGACG